AUGAAAUCUGUCACAUUUCAGAAGCACUACAGCCCUACUCUGGUUCAAGAAUUCUACAGCAUCUUAACAUUAGAAAUUAAGUCUAAUACGGCAUCAGGCUACCAUCAAAUCUUCUUGAGAGGAAAAACUGUGAAGUUCUCACCAGAAGGCAUUAAUGAUUUUCUAGAAUGCCCUACUAUAGUUGAAAAUGGAGUAUAUGUGUAUAAUGAUGAUUUUGAGCAUUCUGAUGACAUUAUCAUAGCACUGACUGGUGGUAAAUGCAGCUCCUGGGGACUAGAAUCAAGGCUCUCUACCUCAAAGUUGACAUUGAAGUACAAUGUAUUGUUCAAGUUGGGUGCUUUCAAUUGGUCUCCUACUACCCAUAACUCAAGCAUACUGAAGGAAAUGACCAUGCUGCUCUAUGCCAUUGUUACGGGUAAACAGUUCAACCUGGGGCAGUUUAUCUUUGACAGAAUCACCUAUAUGGUCAAUGUUACGUCUACAGUCAAUCAUCUGGCAUAUCUGAUCUUGAUUACACAGUUUAUGAUGCAGAGUGGUGUUCCAAUAGAGAACUCUGAGUUGGUGACUGGAAUCAAGAAACUGAAAAUCUCUCCCAAGUUGUUUGGAGUUGGGAAGAUUAUUGACCUACCAGUUGGGAAACAUUCUUCUAUGGCUGCAGGAAGUGAAGAUGCUAGUGCACCAAUAUCUGAUGAUUGUGAAAAACUGCUGGAACAAUAG